ACGUCACGCCAGAAAAAAACCCGAAAAAAAUCUUAUCGACUUCCCGUUGGUGAAUCCUUUUGUCUUUUGGUGUGACUCGGUAACGACAAAUUUUUUGCAGAAGUACGAAGGAACGUAACUACCAGCACCCACUCGGCAACACGGCAAUAGACAGUGACUUUUUGGUGAAGUUGGUAAAAACCCACAUUUAGAACUGUUCAAAAACGUCUCACUGUUUGUACUGCAGAUGGCGCCGAUUGAGUAAAAGACUAUUUUAACUACGACAUUUCCUAAAGUUUUUUUUUCUUUUUUGUAUAAUCUGAAAACUUGUUUGAAUGUCGUCCUUGAUUUUGUAAUCUGAAGGAUAGAGGAAAAACAUUUGCCUAAGGCAUAAAGACCCAUACCCAAAUCAGACAACAGGAGCUGUGGAUCUUUUAACUCCGGGGUUUUAUUAAGGACUUUUUUUCUUAAGCUAAGCAAGUGAGUCUGCUAUUAGCACAAGAUGGAGUCUACAAGAUGUAGGUCUCAGCAGCUGAUUAUUUUUGCUGUUGUCUUCCUUGGUACCCUUCACAAUUGGAUCGUUGGUGCUGAACUCACUUUUACUUUGCCUGACAUUGUAGACGAUUUUGAAAAGAUUACAGAUCACUCAACGGAGAAAUUUCCUGUUCAACGUUCUACAUAUUCAACUAAAGAAGGACCUGAACAUAAAUCUUCAUUUUUAGAUCCAAUAGAUGAUCGCCAUCCUUCACCGGAGUCAUCCAUAUCUGAUCCAGUCUCCUGUGUUCGACGGAGAAGGAUGAUAUACCCUAGUGAUCUUUUUUCUAUUGAGGAUCGGAGACAUGGAUGGGUGGCCCUGCAUGUUUUUGGGAUGAUCUACGCUUUUGUGGCUCUUUUAAUUGUGUGUGAUCAGUUCUUUGUUCCUUCUCUGGGGGUCAUCAUGGAAAAGCUGGCCAUCUCAGAUGAUGUUGUUGGAGCCUCCUUCAUGGCUGCAGGAACAACCAUGCCAUGGUUCAUUAUCAAGCUAAUCCAAGUCCUCUACUAUCACAACGAUUUAACUGUGAACAUUAACCCAGUGAUUGGCACUACAGCUUUCAGAAUGUUGUUUGUGAUUGGAACAUGUGCUAUGUUUUCUGCAAAGGUUCUCCCAAUACGCUGCUGGCCAUUUUUCAGAGAUUUAUCAUUCUACAUGCUUGGCUUCAUCCUACUGAUCAUUUUCUUUUUGGAUAGUGUUGUCACAUGGUGUGAAAGUGUGAUUCUAGUAACCAUUUUUGUACUCUACAUCCUCUUUUUGAUAUAUGAUGAGAAUGUGGAACAAAUAAUGAAGACCCAACUCAAGAAAAUCAAAGGUGUGAUGAAAGCUUCAUUUGUGAAGAGAUGUGAAAAGGUGAUCCCGGUAGAGGUGUGUAUACCUCAAAGUGAGAAUGAUGCACAAGACCCUGGAGACUGUGAUGAAGAAUGUGGCAAUGAAAACAAUGGUGGAUGCAAAGAAAAGAAGUUUGUUGAGAGUAAAUUACUACAAGGAGCUACAUCUCUGUCUUUACGAUGGCCUGACAAAUGGCAGGAACAAGCCACCUACAUCAUCCUGUUUCCAAUCAUCCUUCCUCUGUGGCUCACACUUCCCGAUGUUCGUAGUCAGAGAGCCAGAAAAUUCUUUGUGCUGACCUACCUAACUUCCAUUGUGUGGAUUGGCAUCUUGUCCUACCUUGAGAGGUGGUGGGCUCAUCAGGUGGAUGAGACAUUUGGUGUGAUCGGUCCUAUAAAAUACGUGGGAGCACUGAUGUCCAGCUCUGAUUUUAUAACUAGUCUAAUAGUGGCUCGUAAAGGCUUGGGAGACAUGGUUGUGUCCAGUAAUUUGGGCAGUAACAUCUUUACUAUGACUCUAUUUCUACCAGUGCAAUGGUUCCUCUACUCAGUCAUCCAUGGUUUCUCCCCUGUGGCUAUCUCGACUGAAGGCCUCUUCUGUUCCAGUAUCCUCCUCUUCGUCAUGCUCCUCGCUGCUGUCAUCUCCAUUAUAUCUUUUAAGUGGAGGAUGAAGAAACUGCUUGGUCUCACGUGGGUCCUUCUCUACCUUAUUUUUGUGGUCAUUAGCAUAUUGAUGGUGUUUCAAAUCAUUAUAUGCUCUGUGUAAAAAGAAAACUAAAAAAAACCUCGAAAUAUUUUUAUGCAUUUUCUUGGAUUCUUCUCUAUAAAACUGAUCCAUCCUGACAUCUAACAGGGUUUAAAGAAAGAA